AUGUGUGGUAUCAUCGCCUUGAUUCAGGCGAACCCGUCGGCUUCCGCUGCCGUCGAUCUUCAUGAGGCACUCUACCUGCUCCAGCACAGAGGUCAGGAUGCAGCUGGUAUUGCCACGUGCGCUACCGGCGGUCGUUUCUAUCAGCUCAAGUCGAACGGUAUGGCCGCCAAGGUCUUCAAUGACGGCGCCAGGGUGGCAGACCUCCCGGGUUUUAUGGGAAUCGGACACUUGAGAUAUCCUACCGCCGGAAGCAGUGCCAAUGCUGAGGCUCAGCCCUUCUAUGUGAACAGUCCAUAUGGAAUCUGCAUGGCCCACAACGGCAACCUGAUCAACGCUCCCGAGCUGAAGAGAUAUCUGGACCUCGAGGCCCACCGUCACAUCAACACCGACAGUGACAGCGAACUGAUGCUGAACAUCUGGGCGGAUGAGUUGAGCGAGACUAAGAAAGCCCGUGUCAACAACGAAGAUGUCUUUGCCAGUCUGAGCCGCAUGUACGAGAGAUGCCAGGGUGGUUUCGCCUGCACGGCUAUGCUUGCCGAAGGAUUUGGUAUUCUUGGUUUCCGUGACUCCUACGGUAUCCGUCCUCUUGUCCUUGGCUCCCGACCCUCCGCGGACUGUGAUGGCAUGGACUACAUGAUGGCCUCCGAGUCGGUUGCGCUGCACCAGCUCGGAUUCACCAACAUCCGUGACAUUCAGCCCGGCGAGGCAGUCAUCAUCCAGAAGGGCGCCGAGCCUGUCUUCCGCCAAGUGGCUCCCAAGAAGGCCUACGCUCCUGACAUCUUCGAGUACGUCUACUUCGCCCGUCCUGACUCUGUCAUCGACGGAAUCAGCGUGUACCGUAGUCGUCAGCGUAUGGGUGACCGUCUUGCCGCCAGAAUCCUCGACAUCCUUGGGCCGGAAGUGGUCAAGGACAUCGACGUGGUCAUUCCCAUCCCCGAGACAUCCACCACCUCCGCCGCUGCUGUCGCGCGGUAUCUCGACAAGCCGUACUGCCAAGGUUUCGUCAAGAACCGCUAUGUCUUCCGUACUUUCAUCAUGCCUGAACAGAAGACGAGACAGAAGGGUGUUCGCCGCAAACUGAACGCUAUGCAAGCCGAGUUCAAGGACCGAAAUGUCCUUCUGGUUGAUGACAGUAUUGUGCGAGGUACGACGAGUCGAGAGAUCGUCACCAUGGCCCGGGAAGCCGGCGCCAAGAAGGUCUACUUCGCCAGUUGCGCUCCCGAGAUCACCCAUGCUCACAUCUACGGUAUCGAUCUGGCAUCGCCUACCGAACUGGUUGCCCACGGUCGUAACGUGGUGGACAUCGCCAAGCACAUUGGCGCCGAUGACGUGAUCUACCAGACCUUGGACGAUCUGAAGGGCGCAUGUGCCGAAAUCGCCCAGGAGAACGGCCUCGCGGAGCCCCAAGAUUUCGAGGUCGGUGUGUUCUGCGGCAACUACAUCACUCCCGUCUCCGAUGGCUACUUCGAGCACCUGGAGGAGCUUCGCGGUGAGGGCCGCAAGAUCAAGGCCUUGGACCGCGCCAAGGAGGCUGUUACGCAUGGCUUCGCCAGUGAGACGGACUUCAAGAUGGCUGCCAACGGUGUCAAGCUUGAUUCUAAUGGCAACAUCGUCCCGGCGGCCAACCCCGGCGAGUCGGAGGUGCCCAAGGUGGGCAUCAUCAGCGCCCCUAAGCACUCCCAGGAGGAGCACCCCAAGGUCAAGGACCGCAUGGAUAUCAGCAUUCACAAUAUGGGCGACCAUCACUGA